GGCUCUUACGUCAGCGUUACACGUGAUAGCUCUUCCGGAACGGGCAAACCGCCGCCAAACAGUCGCCUCCCGUCUCCAACACGUCCCUCAACCAGCUGCGCUCUUUUUAACCUCUCCUUCCAUCUGUCUCAUCGCUCUCUAAUACCUCCCUCGUUAACGCUGCGCUUUAAUCAUCUCAGCAAGGUGCACGUUCGAAACUCCAAGCGGAAUUGACCACCUCAGCGGGUCCUAGAAGCGCCAAGCCGAUUCGAACCAGAAUACCACAUCCGCUCGUAUACGUCGUCAACGUCCUGCGCCUGUUGUUCUCUACUAUCUCCUCCAUAAGAUCAAUUGAUCUAGUACAACGCAUAACCGCUUUGCAUCAUGACGACCGAUUACGGCAAGAAGACCAACGCUGAGCUGGUCGAAAUCCUCAAGUCCCGGAAUCUCCCGCACAACGGCAAGAAGGCGGAAAUGGUGGCUCGCCUCCAGGAGGAUGAUAACAAGGCCGUCGAGCCCACAAAAACGACAACCGAAUCUACAGCUCCAGCAGCUGCAGCGGAUGAUGUCAUUGACUGGGAGGAUGACGAAGUCCCUGCCACGGAGGCCGCUGCGAAGAGCUCCACAGACGCUGGAGCUGCUGCCAUCGCGGCCGGUGGAAAAGGGGAAGUGGCCAACCCUGUUGCCGUACCCAACCAGAAGCUAGACACCGAUCCUGCUACCACGAACGACCUCAAGGUUGAAUCGGAGGGUGCUGCUGCUUCCGCGGAGGUGAAGCCUGAGGCUGCCACGGAGGCUGCCGCUACCGCUACUACAGAAGAGGCCGAGCAGAAGCCGGCCCCGAGCUUCGCUGCGGGCCUUCCAAUUACGGAGAUGGAGGAGGAGCUGAAGAAGCGUAAGGCCCGGGCGGAGAAAUUUGGAAUUACGGAGGAUUCCAAGGCUGCCAUCGAAGCUGCAGAGAAGCAGCUGGAACGGGCGAAGCGGUUUGGCUCAGCUGCCGUCGCGGCCCCCACAACCGAGGUUGGGGUGAAGAAGCUGGACGAGGCACUUCCGGAGGAGAAGUCGCGCAAGCGUGGUCGCGGUGAGAAUGAACAAGGUGGUGGUCGGGGAGGAAAGAGACGCGAUUUCGGUGGCGGCCGGAAUAAGUCCCGGCGACAGGGUCGCGGGAAUCGCAACCAGGGUCAAGGUCAGACUCAGCGCCAGCAGCAGAAUGGAGGUGGAAACAAGGGUAGCAGUCUAAGUGAAAAGGACGCGCAGGCUUUGGAAGCCAGGAAGAAGCGAUUCGGAUAGGCUGCUUCUCGGCUUUAUCUUUCAUUCUAUCCGUUUUUCAUCUCGCUCGGCGUUUUAAGGAAUUUAAUAUCGAUCUUCAGACUUUUACUGG